ACGUGUGCUUUUACUUCAUUGUGACAUUUUAUUCACUCUGAUUAUGAGCCUGCUGACAGGCGAUGCCUAGGCUCAAGGUCGCUGGCCUGACUUGCCUGGAAUGGGCGUUUCGGUUUCGGUACUCUAGUUGCCGAGCUUUUUCAAUAAUAUACGUCGCACGUAUCUUUGGUUCGAUGCGCUAUAACGUAUUUUUUCAAGAAAGUUAUGAGAAGAUGAGAAAAAUUUAAAGUUAAUGGUCAUUUCAUUUUAAACCUUGAUCAAACACUUACAUUACAAAAUUGAGUUAAAUGCCAUAUAGUUUACUGGAUAUUUGGAACCUGUUGACUUGAACACUUAACCAUGUUUCCAAAGUUUAACUCGUACAUGAUAAAUUUUAAAAUUUGACUCUUGUUUCUUGUGUGUAUGUGGGGGGCAAAACAACUACUGGUCAUUCCAUCAAUUUUCCUUCUUUGGACUGUUAGUUGUGGUCAAAUGUUCAACUUCUCCUCAGAAAGAUGAACAUAUGUGAUUUAAUUUUCAGAGCUAGUCCAAGUGUUACAGUUUUUGCUGUACCAUCAAGUCGAACAACUGGAAUGGAAACAGUGGUAGUAGUAGCUAUAGGAGUGCUUGCUGCUGUGUUUGUGGGUGCUCUGAUUGCCCUCGUCAUGUUAUGUUGGCAAAAGCUGUACAAUAAUGGCGUUUGUGGGCUUCAUUUAGACAAGUGUAAUGGCUUUGAUACUCGGCCUGAUAUUCAUUUGAUAGAGGCCGACGCAGAACUUGAACUGGGAGAUGUCUGUUUGCAUCCUGGCAUCAAGGAGAUUUUAGCUGACAAACAAUGGGUUGAUGAUGCAACUGGUUUGGUUCCCCACACUCUGGCAGUCCUCCGAGCAUGUCACAAGCUCACAGAGCGUUUGGCUGCUCUUGCUAUGGGCCCACUCACCAAUCACAAAAUAGGAUCCCAAAUCAUGGAUGUUGCAAGACAGAUUUCAGUAAGGGUUGAUGACGUGGUAAGGUCUAUGUAUCCACCCCUUGAUCCACGCUUGCUGGAGGCACGAACUGCAGCUUUGGCACUUGCUGUCACAAACCUAGCUUUGGUAACAAGACAUGGAUGUUCUCCUAGUCGGCAUCAUUUUCAGCGUAUGGACUGGAUUGACCACGCUUUAGCAUCAAUGGAGUCCCACUUAAAGAUUUUGAGGGAGGCUGCACUUUCACAAGAAAUGAGCUGCCGGAUUCAGCAAACUUUGCCCAACUCAAAAGAUUUGCAGGCGUGAGUCAUGCGUGUUUAUCUGAUCUAUUCUGUUAAGGAAAAAAUAUGCAGUUUUCUACAACAAUGAAUUGCGUUAUUAAAAAUAGAAAUGAUGGGAUAAAAUAA